GCUGAUGUCAAUUGGAGUGACGAUGUCAACGCGGCAGCCAUCUUCAAAGCUGUGGAGAAGUGCAAUACAAGGAUGGUGAGAUACCUGAGAAGCAAAGGAGCCGAUCUGGAGGUGAAGAACAAGGACGGAUGCACGCCACUAAUGCAGGCUGUUAAGGCCGGUAAUGCAGAGAUGGUCGAUACGUUGUUGACUCUCGGUACGGCGUUUGAAUUGCGUUUCUUUAGCUUGAAUUUCCACUUUUAUGCAUUCGUUGACUUGACAAGAGCGCAACCCUUCAGUAACAUGGUGAUUGUAGAGACGUAUAAAAUAUUGCAGGCGCCAGCAUGA